AUGAGCAGUCGUGAACAAGCCGUGCAGCAAGCAAAGAAGACGAUAGAGCAACUGCGUGGGGAACGGAACAUGCGACGAACUCCUGUUUCCGCAUCCGCAGCCGAUUUAAUAAGAUUCACACAGGAUCUACAGCGCGAGGAUGUGCUGUUAACCGGGUUCCCCAACGACAAAAUGAAUCCGUAUCGCCCGAAGAGUUCGUUCCAAUGCAGUCUUAUCUAG